AUGGCAUCUGCAAACACGAUUGAGCUUGGGCAGACCGCCAAGCGCGACCAGCUCGUCGCUCUCGAGAAGAAGUACCAGGAGCGAUGGGCCGCGGAGCAUUUGUUCGAGGCCAAUGCACCGACGCCAGAGGAGACUGCUGGGCUCUCUCCUGCGGAAAUCAAUGAAAAGUUCCCUAAGUGGUUCGGCAACUUUCCGUACCCCUACAUGAACGGCUCGCUGCAUCUUGGACAUGCCUUCUCCAUUUCAAAAAUCGAGUUUGCUGCUGGAUUCCAUCGUCUCCUCGGAAAGCGCGUGCUUUUCCCAUUGGCAUUUCACUGUACGGGCAUGCCGAUCAAGGCCGCCUCGGACAAAAUUCAACGGGAGAUUGAGAUGUUCGGCCCUGAAUUCCAGGGCUUCAUGGCGGAAGACGAGGCUCCUGCGCCAGCGGCGUCCUCUUCUACCGAGCAGCCAAAGGCCGUGGACAAGGCCAAGAAGGGCAAAGUUGCAGCGAAGGCCACCGGCUUGCAAUACCAGUUCCAGAUCAUGGAGUCGAUGGGCAUCGAGCGCUCCGAGAUCAAGAAUUUCGCGGACCCUUACUACUGGCUCAAGUACUUCCCGCCUAUUUGCAUGGCAGACAACGAUGCAUUCGGCUCGCGGAUAGACUGGCGGCGCUCGUUCAUCACCACGGAUGCCAAUCCGUACUAUGACGCGUUUGUGCGUUGGCAGGUGAAUAAGUUGUACGCGCUAGGGAAGAUCAAGUUCGGCGAGCGGUACACGAUCUACAGCCCGAAGGACGGCCAGCCAUGCAUGGACCACGAUCGAUCGGAGGGAGAGGCGCUUGGGCCCCAGGAGUACACGGGCAUCAAGAUGGAAGUCGUGAACUGGAGCGAGGCGGCGGCGAAGGAGAUCGCGGACAAAGUGGGCAAUCGGAAGGUCUUCUUGGUUGCUGCAACCCUGCGGCCAGAGACGAUGUACGGACAGACGAACUGCUUUGUUGGCACAGCCAUUAAGUAUGGCGUGUUUGCCAUCAACGACAAGGAGGCAUUUGUGUGCACUCACAGAUCGGCGCGCAACAUGUCAUUCCAGGGUACCACCGCCGUUCGCGGUCAGAUUCACCAGCUGCACGAGAUCGAAGGUUCUGCCCUCGUUGGAACGAAGAUCAAGGCACCAUUCUCUGUGAACCCGGAGGUGUAUGUUCUCCCUAUGGACAACGUGCUUGCGACGAAGGGAACUGGCGUCGUGACCUCCGUCCCAUCAGAUUCGCCAGACGACUAUCAGACUCUUACCGACUUGCGUAAGAAGGCCGAGUUCUACAAGAUCAAGCCUGAAUGGGCAGCCCAUGAUCCUAUCCCGGUGAUCUCAACGCCUACGUACGGCGAGAUGAUCGCGCCAGCGGUGGUAAAGCAGUUCAAGAUCCAGUCGCAGAAGGACAUAAAGCAGCUCGCGGAGGCCAAGGAGAUCGCGUACAAGGAGGGCUUCUAUAACGGCACUAUGCUCAUCGGCGAGUUCAAGGGCCUGUCGGUGCAGGAAGCGAAGCCGAAGGUGCGCGACAGCAUGAUUGAGAAGGGCCUUGCGUUCCCGUAUGCAGAACCGGAGGGACUUGUCAUCUCGCGCAGCUCGGACGAGUGCGUUGUCGCUCUGAUGGACCAGUGGUACCUGGACUACGGCGAGCCUGUCUGGCGAGCGGAGGCUGAGAAAGCGUUGGCGCGAAUGGAGACCUAUCACCAGGAGACACGGAACGCGUUCGAAGGCGUGCUAGCGUGGCUCAACCAGUGGGCAUGCGCACGCACGUAUGGUCUCGGUUCCAAGCUCCCCUGGGACCCGACGUUCUUGGUCGAGUCUCUCAGUGACUCAACUAUCUAUAUGGCAUACUACACAAUCGCACACUUGCUGCAAGGAAACAUCGAUGGUAGCAAGCGUGGUCAACUUGAUAUCGCCCCCGAAGAGAUGACUGACGAGAUCUGGGAGUACCUUUUCCGGGACGGCCCGUGGCCGGAGUCGGCGACAGUGCCCAAGGAGAAAAUCGACACCAUGAAACGCGAAUACGAUUACUUCUAUCCCUUUGAUGUCCGAUCCUCUGGCAAGGACCUCAUCCCAAACAACCUGACCUUCCUCAUAUACGUCCAUACUGCCUUGUUCCCUGAGAAGAAAUGGCCUCUCAGUGUUCGCACCAACGGUCACCUGAUGGUGAACGGACAAAAGAUGUCGAAGAGCAAGGGCAACUCAAUGACGAUGCGCCAGUGCGUCGAGAAGUUCGGCGCUGAUGCUGCUCGACUCUGCCUUGCGGAUGCAGGAGACGGUAUUGAGGAUGCAAAUUUUGACGAGAAGACUGCCAAUGCCAAUAUCUUGCGUCUGCAUACGCUGAUAUCGUGGUGCGAGGAAAUGACGCAAGAUCACGCAAAGUUGCGAACUGGUGCGCGCAAUUACCACGACCGGGUCUUCGAGGAAGAAGUCUUCGGCUUGAUCAACUCCACGCGGAACUACUACCAAGCAAUGGAGUACAAGGACGCCCUGAAAUAUGGAUUCUACGAGCUCCAAACAGCUCGCGAUUGGUACCGCGAGGUCACCUCCGACGUCGGCAUGCACGCUGAGCUCGUCGAGUGGUGGAUCCGGGUUGCGGUUAUUCUCAUUUCCCCUGUCGCACCUCAUUUCUCCGAGCAUGUCUGGGCAACAAUUCUUAAGGAACCCAAGUCCAUACACCUAGCUCGCUGGCCCACGUCCCGCCCUGCCGAUCAGUCCAUCAUCGAUGCCGGUGUCUACAUGCGGGGGACGAUCAAGACUAUGCGUGACGCCGAGCUCACGUUGCUCAAGAAGAUAAACAAGGGCAAGCAGGGGCAGGCAUCGUACGACCCGACGAAACCUCGCGCCGUCCGCAUAUAUAUUGCUACAACGUUCCCCGAGUGGCAGGACCAGUGCGUGCAGACCGUCAAGGAGUCAUACGCACCGGAGGCGGAUAAGGUGGACGAUGCGAAAGUGCGCGAGCUGCUCACGCAGCGGGGACUGAUCAAGGACAAGCGUGCAAUGCCCUUUGUACAGGCCUUCAAGCGGAGAAUAGCACAAUUUGGCGCUGAGACCGCGUUCAAGCGGACUCUUCCGUUCUCUGAAACGCAGGUACUCGCGGAGAUUUUGCCCUACCUGAAAAAGACCUUGAAUCUGGUCGAUGCCGAGAUCAUGCUGGCUAGUGACGCGAAGGCCACACUCACGGAAGCCAGCAGUAAACUUAUCAUAGAGAGUGCGGAACCAGGCAGCCCCGCUUUCGAAUAUCGCAAUGUCUAG